AAUCCAAGCGGAGUUUGAAUUUCUCCAGCGCGGUCAAGGCUAAAUUGAAGAAAAGGGACAGGGGAAAAACCUUGUUGGAGAGAUCAGGAAGAAGCACCUCUCUCUUGUUGAGAAUUUCACAUUUUGACCACAAAAACCUGGAAACGUUUUUCGCAUUUUGCAACGAGGCAGAGAAAGAUUUUUUUACUCAGCUGGCUGCAAGGGCUCCUAUUUAGCCCGCUGUCAGCUUGGAAGGGAAAAUGGCCACCGGCCAAGGCGAUACAUCGGCCUUGAACCUGUCACUGGAGGCUGUGUUGAAACAGAGAAUGAAAGUGGAGGAACCUGAUCCGGCUGAAGCGGAGGAAGAGGCCAGAAAAGGCCGAAUUGCUGUCCGGGCUGAGAGCGUUAAGGGAUUUUGGGAAAGAAACGUGUUGGAUCGUUUGAAACGGGAGCCUCAAAAGGGGUUACCACAGCCAUGGGAAGCCCAACUGCAGGACUUCCUGAAAGCAAUGGAGUCUUCCCAUUCAGAAGAGAGAAACCCACGUCAAAUAACUUUGGCGUUAAGGGACGAGGCCCAGACCGCCCUGCCCUCUUCUGAGGGAGGAAUGGAUACCAGGAGGAGAGAGAAACUGUCCCAGCUCCUGUCAGGCUCCAGCAAAGAAGCCUCACAGGUGGCAAACAGCCGCUUGACCAAAGACAAGGAGGAUUCUGGGAAAGUGAAGGAAGAGGUCCUGGAGGAGGAGGAGGAAGAGGAGGAGGAGGAAGAGGAAGAGGCUGUCAGCCAUGACACCCGGCGUCAGCGCUUCAGGCAAUUUGGCUACCAGGAGGCUGAGGGUCCCCGAGAGGUUUGCAGCCAGCUCCGGGAACUUUGUCAUCGGUGGCUGAAGCCGGAGAAGCACAGCAAGGAGCAGAUGUUGGAGCUCGUGAUCCUGGAGCAGUUCCUGGCUGUCCUGCCCUCGGAGAUGCAGAGCUGGGUCAGGGAAUGUCGCCCGGAGACCUGCGCCCAAGCGGUGGCCCUGGCAGAAGAUUUCCUGCUGAGGCAGAGAGAGGGCAAGAGAAGCAAAGGAAAGGUGGCAGUGCAGGCUUUCCCUGACACAGAGCAGGCCCUACCAGAAGCCUUGCAGAGGCCCUGCUUCAAGGAAAUCAAACAAGAGGCUGACAGAGAUGUCACCUCGCUGGCCUGUCUAGAGAGAGCACGCCGGAAGGAGUCAACCCAGCCAGGCUAUCCCGAGGAUCCGGAGUUGUUUGCGGUGUUGCCACGGGAGGUGGAGCGGAAUGUCGCCAGUCGCCGCGGCCAGGUGGAGGAACCGGAGAGCCUGCGGAGAAACAACCCAGAAGUACAAGGGGGGAAAUUCAUAAAUUCUCAGGGCGGGUACGAGGAGCUCGAGGACGACAGAAUACAGCAGCCGAUAACCCCCAAAGCUGGAAGGGAAAACGCAGUGAUCCCCUUGGGACAAGUUCUCCGGCUGAGGCCUGAUCUCCUUGUGCAUGAAAGGACUCUGACAGGAGAGUCCCAGUACAAAUGCUCCGUUUGCUGGAAGACCUUUUGCAGGAGAAACGUCCUCAUCACACAUCAGAGAAUCCACACCGGGGAGAAGCCCUACCAGUGCUCGGACUGUGGGAAAAGCUUCAGCCAGCGCUCCCACCUGAUCCUCCACGAGCGGACGCACACCGGCGAGAAGCCGUACAAGUGCGCGGACUGCGGGAAGAGCUUCAGCCAGCGGCCGCACCUGGUCAAGCACGAGCGGAUCCACACCGGGGAGAAGCCGUACAAGUGCCCCUACUGCGGGAAGAGGUUCAGCGACCGCUCGACGCUGACGACGCACCAGCGGACGCACACGGGCGAGAAGCCCUACAAGUGCGCGGACUGCGGCAAGAGCUUCAGCGACCGCUCGUCGCUGAUCGCCCACAACCGGACCCACACGGGCGAGAAGCCCUACAAGUGCUCCGAGUGCGGGAAAAGCUUCAGCCACCAGUCGACCCUCAUUCGCCACGAACGGAUCCACAGCGGCGAGAAGCCGUCGAAAGACGAGCGGUUGAAAAAAUGCCCCGAGUGCGGGAAGGGCUUCGUGUGGCGCUCCGAACUGAUCGAGCACCAGCGGUCCCACACGGGGGAGCGGCCCUACGCCUGCUCGUACUGCGGCAAAAGCUUCAGCCGCAAGUCGUACAUCAUCAAGCACGAGCGCAUCCACACGGGGGAGAAGCCCUACAUCUGCUCGCACUGCGGCAAGGGCUUCAUCUCCAAGUCGGACCUCAUCAAGCACGAGCGGACCCACACGGGCGAGAAGCCCUACAUCUGCCCUGACUGCGGCCGCAGCUUCAGCCGGAAGCAGUUCCUCGUCACCCACCGCCGGACCCACACCGGCGAGAAGCCCUACAAGUGCUCGGAGUGCGGCAAGAGCUUCAGCCAGCGCACCUGCCUGGUCAUUCACGAGCGGGCCCACACCGGUGAGAAGCCCUUCCAGUGCCUGGUGUGCGGAAAGAGCUUCGGCCGGAGGGACAUUCUCAUGACCCACCAGAAGCUGCACACCCGGGAGAAGGCCUUCCAGCUCAAAACCUGCCCCGAUUGCGGGAAGGGCUUUGUGUGGAGGUGCCAGGUCAUCGAACACCAGAGGACCCACACGGGCGAGAGGCCCUACGCCUGCUCUCUCUGCGGGAAGCGCUUCAGCAGCAAAUCGUACGUCAUAAAGCACGAGCGGAUCCACACGGGCGAGAAGCCGUACACCUGCCCGGACUGCGGGCGGGGCUUCAGCCGGAGAGACGUCCUGGUGGCCCACCAAAGGACGCACACGGGCGAGAAGCCGUACCAGUGCGCCUGCUGCGGGCAGAGCUUCAACGCCCGCGAGCGCCUCCUCGUCCACGAGAGGGUGCACACGGGCGAGAAGCCGUUUAAGUGCUCCGAGUGCGAGAGAUGCUUCCGGGACCGCUCGAGUUUUUGCGUGCACAAGAGAAGCCACCGGGAGAAGCCGGAGAAACAUCAUGGAUUGCGGGAAAAUAUUUAGCGGUUGUGCACGCCCAUUAAACUUCGAGGAGACUGAAAG